UCUAUUUUGAUAAUGUGGGUGGAGCCAUGCUUGACGCCGUGCUUCUAAACAUGAGAUUGCAUGGCCGGAUUGGUGUAUGUGGGAUGGUAUCACAGAAGAGCAUCUCUGGUGCUGAAGGAAUCCAUAACUUGUUCAUGCUUAUCACGAAAUGCGCAAGGAUGCAAGGGUUUCUGCAGAGCAAUUAUCUGAAUCUAUUUCCACAGGUUGUGGAUCAGAUUAUCAAUUACUACAAGCAAGGGAAAAUUGUAUACAUAGAAGACAUGAAUGAUGGCCUUGAAAGUGCUCCAGUAGCCCUUGUCGGGCUAUUCUCUGGUAAAAAUGUUGGUAAGCAGGUCAUAUGUGUCUCUGCUGAUUGAGUUGCGUAUUUUUCUCUUAUCUGUAAUUGUAUCUUUAUUCAUGUCCUCCUUAAUUAUGGAGGCAUGAUUGUCCCUAAAAUUAGAAAGAAUCCUUUAGCUCUGA